AUGCCACGGCUUCAUGAAACUCUGUCCACUCUUUGGCUUCUGCUGUGUGUUGGUGUGCAGAGUCAGUCUGAAAGCAAGGAUAAAUGCAUUUAUCAAGGAGAUGAGGGAAAUCAAAGAUUUUACCAGGGUGGAGAUGUUGUUUUGGGAGGACUUUUCCCUUUGCAUUCCAGCCCUACAUCAUCAGUUUCUUCUUUCAGGACUGAACCUAAGCCAACCAAGUAUAAAUUCUUCACUUCUCGAGCCAUGAGGUGGAUGCAGACGAUGAUCUUUGCUGUAAAUGAAAUAAAUCAGCGACAAGACCUUUUGCCAAACCUAUCUUUGGGCUACCACAUCAGAGACAGCUGUGAUGACAUACCUGUAUCUUUGAAAAUGUCUCUUCUCCUGGUCAAUGGACAGCCUGAGAGGGGCAGUGGACAAGGCUGUGAAGACACACAAAAGCAGCCCUGCCCUGUAAUAGUGGGAGAUGCUGGAUCAGGAGUGUCCAUGGCUGUUCAGAGAACUCUAGGCCCCUUCAAAAUGCCUUUGGUGAGCUACUUUGCUUCAUGUUCCUGUCUCAGCAAUAAGAGAGAGUUCCCUGCAUUCAUGCGGACAAUGCCAAGUGAUGCAUUUCAGAUUAAGGCUUUGGUAAAGCUUGUCCAUUAUUUUCAGUGGACAUGGGUUGGAGUUAUCGGUGUGGAUUCAGACUAUGCCCGUUUUGCUAUCCAGCUCUUCCUCAAAGAGUCUGAACGAUUUAAUAUUUGUACUGCUUACGUCCACUUUUAUCCUGUUGCACUGAUCCAAGAUGCAGUGGAGGAGCUUGUGAACAUUUUAAGAACCUCUUCUGCCACAGUCAUACUAAACUUUUCUGGGGAAUCAGAACUGCAUAGUAUCCUAAAAGAGUGCAGACACCAAAAUGUUACACAUCUUCAGUGGAUUGCCAGUGAGGCCUGGGCCACAUCAAAAGCCCUCUGGGAGGAUUUUGGCGAUCUAUUAAAGGGAACAUUGGGAUUUGCCAUCCGGAGGGCAGAUAUUCCAAAUCUUGGUAGUUACCUCAAAAGAGUAAAUGUUUCACUUGCUCACAUGUCCCAUUUUCUCUAUGAAUUUUGGGAAGAGAUUUUCCAUUGUCGGCUUAAUGGGUCUUUAAAUACUCAUGUACAUGGAGAAAUGGCACAGAACUGGCCACCUUGCAAUGGUAGCGAGAGCCUGAAUGAUGUGUACACUCCUUAUUCAGAUGUGUCACAACUCAGAGUCUCCUAUAAUGUUUACAAGGCUGUGUAUCUUAUAGCACAUGCACUACAUGACAUGAGCACAUGUGUACCAGGAGAGGGCCCCUUUCAGAAUGCGACAUGUGGGAGUCUGAAUCCAAUUCUGCCUUGGCAGCUCCUGCACUACAUGAAACGUACAAACUUCACAACAUUAGGGGAAGAGGUCCGAUUUGAUGAAAAUGGUGACCCCAUUGCAUCCUAUGACCUGAUGAAUUUGCAAAGAGGGUCUGACGGCUCCCUUCAGCUAGUAAGGGUGGGUUUCUAUGAUGCCUCCUUAGAAGAGGACAAGGACCUUGUAAUAGAUGAGCCAGUAAUUAUGUGGCAUAAAGGAGAAAAGGCACCAGAGUCAUUGUGCAGUAGAAGCUGCCUGCCAGGCUCCAGGAAGGCCAGGCAAAAAGGAAAGCCUGUCUGCUGCUUUGACUGCAUACCAUGUGCUGAAGGAGAGAUCAGUAAUCAGACAGACUCAAUUGAUUGCCUGGUAUGUUCAAAGGACACAUGGCCAAACCAAGCCCAAAACCAGUGCAUUCCCAAAACUUUAGAGUUUUUAUCCUAUCAGGAGCCUUUGGGAAUAAUUCUUUGGACAUUUUCAGCAUUCGGAGCCUUUGCAACAUUGGCAGUGCUUGGUGUGUUUAUAAUAUACAGGAAGACACCAGUCAUACGAGGGAACAAUAUAGAGCUAAGUUUCCUUCUCCUCCUGUUCCUCUGUGCAUGCUUCCUGAUUGGUCUGACAUUUAUAGGAAAACCCACUGAUGGGCUAUGCCGGAUUCGGUAUCCAGCCUUUGGAAUCAGCUUUGCUCUCUGUAUCUCAUGUAUCCUGGCAAAAACUGUGGUAGUUUUAAUGGCUUUUAGGGCCACACUCCCUGGCAGUAAUGUAAUGAAGUGGUUUGGCCCUGUUAAACAAAGAUCAAGUGUGAUCCUGUGCACUUGUGUGCAAGCCCUAAUUUGCAUCAUAUGGUUGACAACCAAGCCACCCUUUGCUUCCUAUAACAGCAAAUUCAUGAGUGCAACAUUAAUUGUUGAAUGUGCUGUAGGAUCUGAAGUUGGAUUUUGGUGUGUGCAAGGGUAUAUUGGCUUCCUAGCUUGCUUGUGUUUCCUAAUGGCCUUUUUAGCAAGAAAACUACCAGAUAACUUCAAUGAGGCUAAACACAUCACAUUCAGCAUGCUAAUAUUUUUUGCUGUGUGGAUUACUUUCAUUCCAGUUUAUGCGAGCACCCGUGGAAAGUAUAUGGUUGCUGUCCAUGUGUUCGCUAUUCUAGCCUCUGCCUUUGGUCUCUUGCUGUGUAUAUUUGCUCCUAAAUGUUACAUUGUACUACUGAAACCCGAACAAAAUGACAAAAAGCAUAUGAUGAAAAAAUAG